ACCACUUUCCCUUGAUUUGGGAGAUCAUGGAGUCUCUGUUUGAAUUCUGGAUGUAUUUUUUCUCUCUGUCAUCUUGCUUCCCGAAAUUUUUUCUGGUGUUGAGGGAAAGCUAAGAGAAUGACGGCCCUAAGUCCCCAGAGGAAGCAUGACAUGGCGGAGCAGAGCCGGCGCUGAACUGUCCUGUCUGAUGGCUCUGUGGGAGUGGCUAGCCCUGAGUCUGCACUGCUGGGUUUUAGCGGUUGCUGCUGCCUCCGAUCAGCAUGCCACGAGCCCCUUCGACUGGCUCCUGUCUGAUAAGGGGCCCUUCCAUCGCUCGCAGGAGUACACAGACUUUGUGGACAGAAGCCGGCAGGGAUUUAGCACACGAUACAAGAUAUACAGGGAGUUUGGCCGCUGGAAAGUAAAUAACCUUGCAGUUGAGAGAAGACAUUUCCUCGGCUCCCCUCUGCCUCUUGCCCCCGAAUUCUUCCGCAACAUCAGACUUUUGGGACGCCGACCCACCCUUCAGCAAAUCACAGAAAACCUUAUCAAGAAAUAUGGGACACAUUUCUUGCUAUCUGCUACUUUGGGAGGAGAGGAGUCCCUCACAAUUUUUGUGGACAAGCGGAAGCUGAGCAGGGGAUCUGAAGGAAGUGAUUCAAGCACCAACAGCUCUUCGGUCACUCUGGAGACGCUGCACCAGCUCGCGGCCUCCUACUUCAUCGACAGGGACAGCACCCUUCGGAGACUGCACCACAUCCAAAUCGCGUCCACUGCCAUCAAGGUAACAGAAACACGGACGGGUCCUCUCGGCUGCAGUAACUAUGACAACCUAGAUUCUGUCAGCUCCGUGCUGGUUCAGAGUCCUGAGAAUAAGAUUCAGUUGCAAGGGCUGCAAGUGCUCCUUCCGGACUACCUUCAGGAGCGUUUUGUUCAAGCAGCUCUGAGCUACAUCGCCUGCAAUUCCGAGGGAGAAUUUAUCUGCAAGGACAAUGACUGCUGGUGUCAGUGUAGCCCCAGGUUUCCGGAGUGCAACUGCCCCUCCAUGGACAUCCAGGCCAUGGAAGAGAACCUGCUUCGAAUAACCGAGACGUGGAAAGCCUACAACAGUGACUUUGAGGAGUCAGAUGAAUUCAAGUUCUUUAUGAAAAGGCUGCCCAUGAAUUAUUUCCUCAACACAUCUACCAUAAUGCACUUGUGGACAAUGGAUUCUAAUUUUCAGCGCCGCUACGAGCAACUGGAGAACAGCAUGAAGCAACUCUUCCUAAAGGCACAGAAAAUUGUGCACAAGCUCUUCAGCCUUAGCAAGAGGUGCCAGAAGCAACCGCUCAUUAGCCUGCCGAGACAGAGAACCUCCACCUACUGGCUCACGCGCAUCCAGUCUUUCCUCUACUGCAACGAGAACGGCCUCCUGGGCAGCUUCUCCGAAGAGACGCACUCCUGCGCGUGCCCCAAUGACCAGGUGGCAUGCACGGCGGCCCUGCCCUGCACGGUGGGUGACGCGUGGGCCUGCCUUGCCUGCGCGCCUGACAACCGCACCCGCUGUGGGGCCUGCAACGUGGGCUUCAUGCUGAGCCAGGGCCUGUGCAAGCCCGAGGUGGCCGAGUCCACGGACCACUACAUUGGCUUUGAGACCGACCUGCAGGACCUGGAGAUGAAGUACCUGUUGCAGAAGACGGACCGGCGCAUAGAGGUCCACGCCAUUUUCAUCAGCAACGACAUGCGCCUCAACAGCUGGUUCGACCCGUCUUGGCGCAAGCGGAUGCUCCUCACCCUGAAGAGCAACAAGUACAAGUCGAGCUUGGUGCACAUGAUCCUGGGCCUGUCGCUGCAGAUCUGCCUGACGAAGAACAGCACCCUGGAGCCCGUGCUGGCUGUGUACGUGAACCCAUUCGGAGGCAGCCACUCUGAGAGCUGGUUCAUGCCGGUCAGCGAGAGCAGCUUCCCCGACUGGGAGCGGACUAAGCUCGACCUGCCCCUCCAGUGUUAUAACUGGUCCCUGACCCUGGGCAACAAGUGGAAGACCUUCUUUGAGACGGUGCAUAUCUACCUAAGGAGCCGCAUCAAGUCCAAUGGGCCCAAUGGCAACGAGAGUAUCUACUACGAACCUCUGGAGUUUAUCGACCCUUCGCGGAACCUGGGCUACAUGAAAAUCAAUAACAUUCAAGUGUUCGGCUACAGCAUGCACUUCGACCCUGAAGCGAUUCGGGACCUGAUCCUGCAGCUGGACUACCCCUACACUCAGGGCUCCCAGGACUCCGCGCUUCUGCAGCUUCUGGAGAUUAGAGACCGUGUGAAUAAACUCUCCCCGCCCGGCCAGCGCCGCCUCGACCUGUUCUCCUGCCUGCUCCGCCACAGGCUCAAGCUGUCCACGAGCGAGGUGGUGAGGAUCCAGUCCGCGCUGCAGGCCUUCAAUGCCAAAUUGCCAAACACGGUGGAUUAUGACACAACCAAAUUAUGUAGUUAA